GCUGCUGGUGGCAUGAGCUGCAGUGACAUGCUCAGAAGAUUCAAUAACAAUGUUAGCAUGUGCAGUCUGGGAGCUUAAAGGUGCAUUAGUGAGCAGAAAGCCUAGAGGACAGCAGUGGGGACAGGCAGCAGACAGACGGAUCGUGUCAUAAAUCAGCCUGGCACAGACUGUGGAGAGAGAGAAAAUCUCGAGACAGACAUAGCAGAGCAUGAGUGCAGAAAUGGAGGUGUGGAGCAGUUCAGGAAUGGACGAGAGCGAGAGAGACAGCAGCACCAGCCAUGAUGAAGAUGAUGAAGAACCAGAGGACGAAGAGGAACCCGACACCGAGGGACUGUGCAGGGAGCUGGUGCAAGUGCUGUGUUCAGAGAGAGUUGGUCAAAUCACAAAGACAUAUCAUGACAUUGAAGCAGUUACACAUCUGCUUGAGGAGAAAGAGCGGGAUCUGGAAUUGGCAGCCCGGAUUGGCCAGUCGCUUCUCAAGCAGAAUAAAGCCCUGAAUGAACGCAACAAACUACUGGACGAACAGCUGGAAAUCACCACGGAAGAGAUUGCCCAGCUGCGUCAUGAGCUCUCCAUGAGAGAUGAUCUCCUGCACUUUUAUGCCAGCACUGAAGAGAUAGAGCAUGCCUCAGAAACACUGCUUAUACAGAAUGAUUCGUCCUCAUCUCUCAGCAAUUACAUCAAUUACGACUUCCUGCAACAUAAACUCAAGGGUUUAGAAGAGGAAAACUUUAAAUUGCGCACCGAGGCUAAUGAGUUGACGUUUGAGACCAACAGUUACGAGGAACAAGAGCAACGGCUUAUGAUGGUGUGUGUGGAUGAACUCUCAACAGUGAAUAAGCAGGUCGUGUCUCUGUCAGAGGAAUUGGCCCGGAAGGUGGAAGAUUCGUUAAGACAACAAGAGGAGAUUAGUGCCCUCCUGGGACAGAUUGUGGACCUGGAGCAGCGCUGCAAAGGGCUCACCGCUGAGAACGAGGAGUUAACGCAACAUUUGAAUGCUUCCCGGGAAUGCCAGUCGCAGAUUAAAACAGAGGUGAAGGAACUGCAGGAGAGGUACUCCGAAUGUGAAGACAUGCUCCAUGAAGCCAGAGAGGACAUUAAAAACCUGCGCAAUAAGAGCCUGCCCAACUGCACCGUGCAGCGUUAUAGCACCCUGGCAGCGGUCGUCCCAAUGGAUUCACUUGCUGCUGAGAUUGAAGGAACCUUCCGGAAAGGCCUAGACAGCCCAGCACCCACUGAAUACAAGAAUCAUCCGCUGCGGGUGUUUGAGACCGUGAAGGUGGCCAAUCAAGUAGCUCGGCUACGUUCUCAGAUUCACUCUCCGCAGGUUCCGGGUUCGAGCCCUGCAUCGUUACGCUCUAGUCGGAUCAGUACACCACGGACCAGUUAUUAUGAAUCAGACAAUAUUAGUGUCAACAUGGAGGAUAAGCACUCCCCUCCGACGCACACACAGGAUCAUGGGUUACUGGAGUCGAAGCGUUUGGGCCAGCCAGGUACACCAGGUGGGCAGGAUUUAGAGGAAGCGCUCCGGUCUCUUUCAGAGCGCCAGAAGAGCCACACAUCAGAGCGGCCAUUCUUCGAGGUGGAGAGAGAAAGGAAACUGCGCACCUUGCAGAGUGGAAGCAGCGGCAGUGGCGGUGGCUCCAGCGGCUUCCUGACGCCCAAUGGCAGCGUUGCAUCCACAGGAACUAACUACUCCGGCACCUCCACACAUUCCUCAGGCACAGGCUCCUCCCGCUCGUACCUGCCUGAACGGCUGCAGAUAGUCAAGCCUCUGGAGGGCUCAGUGACUCUGCACCAAUGGCAGCAGCUGGCCAAGCCCAAUCUCGGUGGCAUCCUGCACCCACGGCCGGGUGUCCUCACCAAAGACUUCAGAGAGCUGGAUGUAGAUUUUCAACAUGUCUACAGCCUCAACGACCUCGAGGAAGAUGAGCCUGAUCUGUCCAAAUUCCCCAACCUCCUGAAUGGCACUGUGGUCCCUUCAUCUGGACCUAACAUCCCUCAGACCUCAAACACACCCCCGACCACUAGCUGUCAGAUCCUCCACCCCUCUUCCCUCCUCUCCUCCUUCUCCACCAGCCUUCGGCCCCGCAGUGCAUCCGCUUGUGGGAGCUGUGAGCACGUGAGGACGUCAUCAGGCCUCCAGUGCGUCUCUGGUUCCACAUCACACCUUCACCCGACCUCCUCCCUCGGUCUGCUACAACUUGUGUCAGAGCGCGGCAUCUCAGCUGCAAUUCAUCCCAACUCCCCUCUCAUUCACAGAGCCACCGCAUCCUCAGAGGAAACACAAUGGGGCUCUGCUGGAAGUGAUCAGGAGAAAAGAGAAAAGGACUGGCAGGGAAACAUUUUCAGCGUCAAUCUUGUGGAAAAACUCAGAAGCUUGGGCCUGUACAAAGUGGUUGCCAGAGGCUUUGUGGAUUCAAAGAGAAAAGCCAGCCCGCCCUGAAACACAAAAAGCCGUUCACCAUUAAAGGUGCCAUUUUGUGCAUCACCCUCAUUGUAGCACGCAGCUAAACAUUUCCCAUUUGUAAUGGGGCAUUCCGAAAGCCAUAUCAAGUUUUCAUUUCCAUAGUGACUUCUUUUGGCACUGGGAAUUUAAAGUAUGGACUGCACCUCAAAAAAAGAUUUUAUUAUGAAGUCAAACACACCUGUUUUUUUGUAUCAUUGUUGUCAUGGGUGCUUUAAACACUCUUCAGAAGGGAACAGCUAUACAUUUGUUGACUUUUUAACAUGUCCUCCUUUGUUGAGACUUUGUCUUGUCACUAUCAGUCUUGAAAUCACUACUUUAUUGUUAUGAAAUUGUUCUGUGUAGCAGCACUACAGAAAAAUGCA